AGGCUAACCUCACUCAGAAUGAUGUUCUCCAAUUCCAUAUUGGAGACUUUCUAAAACUAAUAAUGUAUUAGGUUUGUGGUUUCUUCUCUGUAGUGGGGUUUGAACUUGGCCUCAUGCCUUAUAUUUGGAAGCCCUUCCAAUAGAUUUGUAAGAUGUCUCAGCUCAAAAUUUGGUUUUUUCAUGUAUUCUGUCUUAAUAUUUGUUCCUUAAAUUUUUUUAGGCUGCAAACUACUGUAUAAACAGGAUUUUGCAAGGCGUUUAGGAUUAAGAUGUGUUACGUGCAACUAUUGCUCUCAGCUGUGUAAGAAGGGAGCAACUAAAGAACUUGAUGGUGUUGUGAGAGAUUUCUGCAGUGAAGACUGCUGUAAAAAAUUUCAGGAUUGGUACUAUAAGGCUGCAAGGUGUGACUGUUGUAAAUCUCAAGGAACUCUAAAGGAACGAGUGCAGUGGCGUGGGGAAAUGAAACAUUUCUGUGAUCAACACUGCUUGCUGCGUUUCUACUGUCAGCAAAAUGAGCCCAACAUGACUACGCAAAAAGGACCUGAAAACUUGCAUUACGAUCAGGGCUGUCAGACGUCCCGAACAAAAAUGACAGGCUCAGCACCACCCCCUUCUCCAACACCAAACAAAGAGAUGAAGAAUAAAGCAGUUCUUUGCAAACCUUUAACAAUGACAAAAGCUACUUAUUGCAAACCUCACAUGCAGUCCAAAUCUUGUCAGACAGAUGAAAAUUGGAAAACAGAGUAUGUUCCAGUGCCUAUCCCUGUGCCUGUGUAUAUUCCAGUACCUAUGCACAUGUACAGCCAGAAUAUUCCUGUUCCUACUACAGUUCCUGUUCCUGUGCCCGUUCCUGUUUUUCUGCCUGCUCCAUUGGACAGUAGUGAAAAGAUUCCUGCGUCAAUUGAGGAGCUGAAAAACAAAGUUUCUACAGAUCCUCUUGAUACAGAGUUGCUUACAAUGACAGAUAUGAUAGCUGAAGAUGAGGGGAAAACAGAGGCUUCCAACAUCAACAGUGUGAUUAUUGAAACUGAUAUAAUUGAUUCAGCUCUCAUGAAGAACUCUGACGAAACACAGUCUAACAUGCCCGAUGUACCAUAUGAACCAGAUUUGGAUAUUGAAAUAGAUUUUCCCAGAGCUGCUGAGGAGCUUGAUAUGGAAAAUGAAUUUUUAUUGCCACCUGUUUUUGGAGAAGAAUAUGAGGAACAGCCCAGACCUCGAUCUAAAAAAAAGGGAGCCAAGAGAAAAGCUGUAUCAGGAUACCAGUCUCAUGAUGAUAGUUCUGACAAUUCAGAAUGCAGCUUUCCUUUCAAGUACACCUAUGGUGUUAACGCCUGGAAACACUGGGUCAAAACUAGGCAACUUGAUGAAGAUCUUCUGGUGUUAGAUGAGCUAAAAUCUCUCAAAUCAGUAAAGUUAAAAGAAGACCUACUCUCCCAUACCACAGCUGAGCUUAACUAUGGGUUAGCCCAUUUUGUCAAUGAGAUCCGAAGACCAAAUGGAGAGAAUUACGCACCUGACAGCAUCUAUUAUCUUUGCCUCGGAAUACAGGAGUACUUGUGUGGGAGUAAUAGAAAGGACAACAUAUUUAUUGAUCCUGGAUACCAGAUGUUUGAGCAAGAAUUGAAUAAGAUACUCCGAAGUUGGCAACCAAGCAUACUUCCAGAUGGGUCGAUAUUCUCUCGAGUUGAAGAAGACUAUCUUUGGAGGAUAAAACAACUAGGAUCACACUCUCCAGUAGCUCUUUUGAAUACCCUGUUCUACUUUAACACUAAGUAUUUUGGCCUGAAAACAGUGGAACAACACUUAAGACUUUCCUUUGGCACUGUGUUUAGGCACUGGAAAAAAAAUCCUUUAACCAUGGAAAACAAAGCAUGUCUCCGAUACCAAGUGUCUUCCUUAUGUGGAACAGAUAAUGAAGAUAAAAUUACUACUGGAAAAAGAAAACAUGAAGAUGAUGAGCCAGUAUUUGAACAAAUUGAAAACACAACCAAUCCUUCUAGAUGUCCUGUGAAAAUGUUUGAAUGCUACUUAUCCAAAAGUCCACAGAAUCUUAAUCAGAGAAUGGAUGUUUUUUAUUUGCAACCAGAAUGCUCUAGUUCUACAGAUAGCCCUGUCUGGUACACAUCUACUUCACUGGACCGAAACACCUUGGAAAAUAUGCUCGUACGGGUUCUUCUAGUAAAAGAUAUUUAUGAUAAAGACAAUUAUGAACUGGAUGAAGACACAGAGUAAAAAAGGAACGCUUCAGAAACAGUCGGGAUAAAACAGCAUUAGAUACUCAUGCUGCUAGAUCUUUACUAUGGAAAACAUUUCAAGUUUACUCCUUCUGUUUUGGGUUUUGUAGCAGUGUACCCACACUGGGUAUUACCGUGUAAAUAAUCUGUGAGUGAAAGUUGCCAUUAUUCUAUGUAGUGGUUUUAGGAUACUUAACAAAUACAUUCAAAUUCUUUUUUUAUUAUUAUUUAUUUGAUUAGGUAUGUUUAUAACUUUUUACAUUACAAAAUAUGAAUGAGAAUGUGCCAUGUAUAAUUUUUUCUUGUAGUAAAAAACAUCCAUAUUGCACAAAUCUGCUGUUGCAAAGCUUCCUCUAAAGGGGGCGCUUUACUGAGUUCUUGACCAGAUGGUUGUGUAUGGGUAGCACUACUAAAAGUUUAGAACUUGCAGUGUCUUUCACAAUUUUUAAAAUAAAAUGUAAACUAAUAGGCUGGGUUUUUUGUUUUGUUUUGGGGGGGGAUUGUUUGUUUUACAUUUUAGUUGCUGAAGCCUUACAAGGUUAUGUAGAGAGAUACCAUCUUCUGUACCAAAAAUAGACAAGAGAAUGCUGUCAUGAUUGGUGUGCUGUAAUGUGACUAUCUAUACUGGUGAAAACGACCUUUUGUUCCCCUUAUUAAAACUUAGUGUCCUUUUCUCAUUUGUGGCUUUCUGCAUCACCCCAAUCAAUUAAAAAGAAAUAUAUAUAU